AUGGUUCUUUUAGAUGGUCCAGACAAUAUAAAGUUACCCCUUUAUGAGGACGGAACAGUUUUACCUGGCAAUACAGCACAAAUAACCCGGGUAAAAGUAAUUGACAAAGAUCAAGACAUUUACAUAGAAAAUGACAAAUUAAUCCCUGAUGGUGUUUACAAAGUAGAAAAUGAAGAGUUAGUUGUACCCCUGUACAAUUAUGAUAAAGACCCGUUGAUAAUACCACAACAAAUCGAGUACGAAGCAAUAGAGCAAAUUAAAGAAACAAAUAGAAUGAGUGCUACUUUAGUGGAAAAAAAACCAACCUUCGACCUCAGCUCUGGGUUUCACCAAAUUCCAAUGAGUGAGACCUCAAAAAAGUAUACGGCUUUUUCAACACCAGAAGGAUAUUUUGAAUUUAAUAGAAUGCCCUUUGGACUCAAAAAUUCUCCCGCUACUUUCCAAAGGAUGAUGGACAAUGCCUUAAGAGGAUUGGUAGGAAAAAAAUGUUUUGUUUACCUCGACGACAUUGUCGUAUUCGGCUCAACUUUAGAAGAACACAACGAGAACCUAGUAAGCCUAUUUGACAGACUGAGAGAAACGGGAUUAAAACUUCAGCCUGACAAGUGCGAGUAUUUACGUCCGGAAUUCAAAUAUUUAGGACACUUGUUAACUGAGGACGGUGUAAAACCUAACCCCGCAAAAAUACAAGCAGUACGGGAUUUUAAACCACCACAGAAUGUAACCCAAGUUCAGAGCUUUUUGGGACUCGCAGGAGAAGGAACUUUUAGCAAUAGUUUGGGCAUGCAAAAGGUUAAGACAGUACCUUCUUGGAAGAAAGUUUACAAUUCAAACGGACCAUCAGGCAUUAAUAUGGCUACACAACGUGAAAAAUCCCUCUUCACGAUUGUUAAGAUGGAGAUUACGUUUGGCGGAACUUGUUACACUGUCGAACACGUAAAAGGAAAGGAAAAUAAAGCCGCAGAUUGCCUAUCUAGAUUAUUUCCAAUUCAACAAGAAGAAGGUUCUCUACAAAAUACACCAGAAGAAGUUGGGCAGGACGUGGAAAGAGGGGAGGAAUUAAUAGGAGAAGAAACAGCGAGUACGUCUAGAGAGGAAAAUGUUUUACCACAACCAACACCGAGUAGAGAACAUGUAAAACCUAACGCAGGUGGAAAGCUCUGGAGAACCAUAUCCAAGGAACGUAGAGGAAGUCAUGCAACAUCUCUAUAUAAGUUACCUCAAUUUAAUGAGACCGAGUGGCUGAAAGUAUUAGAUAAGAUAAAUAAAGAUGUCAUGGCCUGCAAGCUAUCUAUUUCACGAUACCACUUUAUAGACCCAAUGAUCACCUCUUUAGAAAAAGUGAAAAUAAGGGACUACCUCAACUUCUUGAGUCACAAAUAUGAAGAUCAGCAGUUUCACACGUGUUACAUACCACGCGCAGAACUUACUCAAGAGGAAAAGGGAGAAAUCAUAAGAGAAUCGCACGGAUCAAUUACUGCUCAACACUUUGGGGAAAACAAGACUAUCGAACGAGCAAGAACCCUUGGAGAAUGGAAAAAUAUGGAACAGGAAAUUAUUCAUUUCAUUAAACGAUGUCCAGUAUGUCAAUUACAAAAGACAGUAAGAAUUGAAAGACUGUAUGAAGCAAUCAUCCCAGACACGCCUGGCAACCCUAACGACAAAAUAGCCAUGGAUAUCUUCGGUACAUUGCCUUCGACACUAUUAGAGCAUGCAUACAUCCUCAGCAUACAAGAUAUGCUCACAAAAUACUUGAUCUUAAUACCUCUGAAGCACACGGAAUCGGAAAGUAUUAUAGAAGGGACCAUAAUACAGAAUGGGAUCAAAACCUGA